AUGAAUGACAUUGCACAGAAAACUGAGAUUCUGCUUUCUUCAUCUAAACCCGUCCAAAAAUCCUAUGUGCCCAAGCUUCACAAGGGUGAUGUAAAGGAUAAAUUUGAAGCUAUGCAGAAAGCAAGGGAAGAAAGAAAUCAAAGGAGAUCUAGAGAUGAAAAGCAAAGAAGAAAAGAACAAUAUGUUAGAGAGAGAGAAUGGAACAGGAGAAAGCAGGAGAUGAAAGAACUGCUUGGAUCUGAUGAAGAUGACGACACAAAAUCAUCUAAAAUAGAAAAAGGUUAUGUUCCAAAGCUAAUAGGAACUGUUAAAGGCAAGUUUGCAGAAAUGGAGAAGCAAAGGCAAGAAGAAGAAAGAAAAAGAACGGAAGAAGAAAGAAAGCGCAGAAUUGAACAAGAUAUGAUUGAGAAAAGAAAAAUUGAAAAAGAAUUAGCAAAAAAAGCACAGGAGAUUGAUGACUUUAACAAUACGGGAACUGAAUCAGCAGCAGAGGAAGGGGAUGAUUCACUGCUAGUUACAGUUGUGCCUGUAAAAGCCACCAAAACUCCUGGGAAGAUGAAAAUAAACUUUGAGAACACAACAAAGGAGAGAGCAGAACAAAGAGAGAGACAGGAUGAAGAAAUGAAGCUAAAAUAUCAGGAACAAAAACAAUUCCUUAAGGAAACCAAGUGCCUUUCAUUUGUCAUGAGAGAAAAUGAAGACAGUGAAACACAAGAGCCUCUGUCUCCUGGAAAGCUGAAAGUAACAUUUGAAGAACUCGAAAGACAAAGACAGGAAAAUCAAAGGCGGCAAGCAGAGGAAGAAGCAAGACAGCGUUUAGAAGAAGAAAAACGGGCCUUUGAAGAAGCUAGACAGAGAAUGAUAAAUGAAGGUGAUGAUGAAGAAUCUGAAAAUUCUGUUAAAGAAUUUCGUCCUGGUAAACUCAGACUCAGUUUUGAGGAGAUGGAAAGACAGAGGAGAGAAGAGGAAAAGAGGAAAGCAGAAGAAGAUGCAAGACGACGCAUAGAAGAGGAGAAAAGAGCAUUUGCUGAAGCAAGGAGGAACAUGGUGCUGGAUGAUGAAUCACCAGAAAUGUUUAAAACAGUUUCUCAAGAAUCUCUUAUACCUGGCAAACUGGAGAUUAAUUUUGAAGAGCUGCUGAGACAAAAAAUGGAAGAAGAAAAGAGACGCACAGAACAAGAGCGUAGGCAAAAGUUGGAAAUGGAAAAGCAAGAAUUUCAACAGUUGAGACAAGAAAUGGGAGAGCUGGAAGAAGAGUCUGAAACUUUUGAGCUAAGCAAAGAAUAUGAAGAAUUAAUAAAGCUAAAAAGAAGUGGUUCUAUUCAGGCAAAGAACUUAAAAAGCAAGUUUGAAAAAAUAGGACAAUUGUCUCAAGAAGAAAUACAAAAGAAGAUUGAAGAAGAGCGAGCUAAGAGAAGAGCAAUGGAUGAAGAAAUAAGGGAAAGGGAAGCUGAAAAAUUUCAAGAGGAUGAUGAGGUAGAUGUGAGACCAGCCAAGAAAUCUGAGGCUCCGUUUACUCAUAAAGUAAACAUGAAGGCUCGUUUUGAGCAAAUGGCAAGAGCCAGGGAAGAGGAGGAGCAGAGGAGAAUCGAAGAACAGAAAUUACUACGCAUGCAGUUUGAACAGAAAGAAAUUGAUGCGGCAUUACAGAAGAAAAGGGAAGAGGAAGAAGAAGAAGAGGGAAGCAUUAUUAAUGGUUCUACUUGCGAAGAUGAGGAGGAUCAAGCUCGAUCUGGAGCUCCCUGGUUCAAGAAGUCACUGAAAAACACAUCAGUUGUUGAUGGCGAGCCAGUGAGAUUUACAGUUAAAAUUACUGGAGAACCAAAACCUGAAGUUACAUGGUGGUUUGAAGGGGAAAUGUUGCAGGACUCUGAGGACUAUCAAUAUAUUGAAAGAGGAGAAACCUAUUGCCUCUACUUGCCAGAAACCUUCCCAGAAGAUGAAGGGGAAUAUAUGUGUAAAGCAGUCAAUAGCAGAGGCACAUCUGCUAGCACCUGUAUUCUCACUAUUGAAAGUAAGAGUUAGCAUUUUAAUUUGCUUGAUUCUCAACUAUUCUUCUUGCAUCUUUCCUAUUAUGAAAAUCUAAUUUUCUGUUUCUCUUAACCCUUUUAUUUUCUAGCUGAUGACUACUAAUGCUCUACUUUAGCUGGAAUCUUUCUUCCCCUCAAAACUUUAUUACAUCAUCUCUUUCUCUGAUGGGGCCAACUAAAGAAAGCAAGGAUAUGCAUUGAUUUGUCAUUCCUGCAUCAGAUAAGAAUAACCUUCAAGUUGGGACAGUGUCCAGGUUCCUUGCUCAAUAGAAAAAUUAGUAUUAAAGGCUAAAAAGAAGGAAUUAAUGUAUGAAAGAUCAACUAAAGGAAAAAGCUGAAACAUAAUAGUGCUCCCACCUUUGAAGACCAACUGUUGUGUAAUAGUAUAAAGCUAAAUACACAAUCUGGAAACUUACGCAGUAGUGUAAAUCUGUUGGUAUAUUUUGCAUGAACACCAAAUAUUUAAGCUGUUUUACUUCAACCCAGAGGCACUGAACUGGCAAAAGGAAAUACUUAUUGAUGAUUUUCGAAAGUGUACUAUUUUUAAAGAAUAAAAGAUUAC